CUAAAUAUUUUAAUAAGAUUAUUUUUUCAUACUUAUUACUUACCUAUAUAAUAUAAUAAGUAUUAACUUAAAUACUUAAAAAGCAAUGUAAGUAAGAAUAUUCAAUUGUUUACGCGUAUUCAGUUAUAGUAUUUUAGUCAAAUGCUAACUUCAGAUGGAUACAAAUAUUGGGGUCCUCGAGAAUGCUGUCAUACAGGUGGUGGUCGAGAGUGUUACACCAGAUAUGAUUGUAGUGUCAUACACUGCCAUAAAUGGGUCUGUUUACCAAGGCAUACUGUUAAACAAUGUCAAAAGACGUUUUCCAUGUGGAAGUGUUCCUAUCACAAAGCCUCCACUAUCGCCCAGAAAUUUAAAGACUGAAUCUGAUAAUGACAUUUUAUAUUCUGUAAGUCAACGCUUUACUUAUUUUCAAAACACCCCAAACACAUUAAAAAAAAUUCCCAAUAAAACCAAAAAAGUGAGAAAACCCAUGACUGUUCGUCUAAGACCUCGUCAAGUUCUAUGUUCAAAAUGUAAAUCGAUUUGUACUGAAAAUUCAGAAAAUGCUAAAACUUCUAAGAAUCUUGUUAAAAAUGAAAAUAAUACAAUUCCUGAAAAUAAUGGAGAAAGAAGAUUAUUAAGAAGUCAUGGACCUGUUCCAGAUUUUUCUAUAAAACCAUCAGAUUCUGUAUCGACUGUAUCUAAAGUUAAAUCAAUAUGCCGUACCCUGAUACCUAAACUUGUAAAAAUUAAAUCAAGAGAAAUAACAGAAGCACUUAAUAACUAUUCAACAUUCACUGAAAUAGAUGAAUGGGUAGGUAACAAAAAAGACUGUGAAGAUGACUGUGAUAUUGAAGACAAAAUGGUGUUAAGAAAAAAACCUAGCAUUGGAUCAAUGGAAGAUCUUUGGGAUGAAACUGCAUUUGAAGAAACUAAAAAAACACCAAUCAUAAAAAUAACAUUUGGAUCUCAAGGUGAAGGUACAGUUAUGGAAAUACCAUCUCGUCAAGCUAGUGGAGAUAGUGAACCAGAUAAACUCUUACGUAAAAGAGCAAAACGUAGAAGACAGGAUGGGGAAAAAAGAAAAAAACAUAAGAAAAGACAUAAAGAGCAAGUGGAUAAUUUAGAAAUUAAUAAUUUCUCGAUAAAUUUAAAUAAUUUUAAUUCUAAAGAAGAAUAUUGUACAAGAAAAGUGACUAAUAGUUCAGAAUCAAUUAAUAAUGUAAAUGGUGAACUUUCUGAUGAUAUUGAAUCAAAUAGUUCCCCUGAACUUGUAAUUCCUCAGACAGAAACAUCAGAUUCUAAUCCUUUUUUUGUAUUGAAAUCUGGUAAAAUUCUUCAUGAAGGUGAUGUUGUUUGGGGAAAAGUAAAAGGAUUUCCUUGGUGGCCAGCAAAGGUAUCAAAUUUUACUACAAGUAAUGGUGAAGAAAAUGGGUCAUUUGUAAAUGUCACUUGGUUUGGUUCUUCUACUACAUCUUUUCUUAAAUGCGAUCAGAUAAAUCCAUUUUUAGAUUUUUACAAGUCUCGAUUUAACAAACACAAGAAAACAAGUAGUUAUAAAGAAGCUAUUAAACAAGCAAUGGCUGUAGCGAAACAACAGCAAAAUACAACUAACCAAAAUAUCAGUUGAUAACUGUGAGUUAAUAAUCAUUAUAUUGUUUUAUUGUCAUAUCAAAUGUUAUUUAUCUUUAAAUUUCUAAUUCUAAUUAUUUUUGUCUUAAUACUUCAUUUUAUUUUUAACUAGUCAAAUUGUUGUACAUGUUUUGCAUCACAAAAAAGGCUUAAGGGUUCUUAAUAAACAUUGCUUAUAUCUCGUGUUAGAUAAUAUUAUGAAAGACUUGAACGAUAAAUAUUGUUUUAUAUGUUA